CUGGGGUUAUCUAAGGGACAUUGGCGUUAUCUGGGUGUCUGCUGGGUUAUAUUCGGCUGGGGUCAUUGGGGAACUAUGGAGUUAAUUUAGAUGGGGUUAUGUUUGGGUUUCCAUGCUGCUCGUACAGAAGAUCAGAAGGUUCCACAAGCCUUUGGGCAGCCUCCAGUCAGAGCGAGGAACUGGCUUUAAUUCCUCUCUCCCCUUUGCUAUUCCUCCUCCUCAAGUGUGCUCAGAUGUUUUUAAGCCAAACAGCUGCCUACGUGCAGUUAUGUGUUUGCGCAAAUUCGAAGGCAGGGAUCGUUCUGGGGUCUGCCUUCUCUUUCCCUUGCUGACUGAUGCUUGACGCGACUCUUCACCUCACUGGCUGCAAAUAGUAACAGACUUGGAGGAAUGCCAGAGAAAGAGAGAGAGAGGAAGGGAGACAGAGAAAGACGCAGACAACAGGUCAUAAGAGACUCGAACGGCCAAGUACUUUGUGUCCACAAAGAACAGGAUCCAGGCGUUGUCUAAAGGCUGGCAUGUAUUUCCCAUCCUUGGCAGACUGGGUUGCGAGGGCCGCUUCAGAGGACGGGCGAGAGUCAUUAGAACAGGAGCAGUCGUGGCAAGAGACUCCCAGAAAGGAAGGCGGAAACCUCCUCGAAGAGGUCAGACCUGCCCGCCGACCCGUGGGAGUCUCCCGCCUGUGACUGACCAAAGUGAAGACGGCUCAUUCGGGAAGGCACGGCAGAUUUAACUGGGGACGUGGAGAGGCCAAGUCAAGGCGGUGAGGGGGAGCGCACCAACAUCCAAACAACCCAUCUAUCCAAGCCCUCAAGCACCACCUGCUCUGCAUGUGGCAGAGUCUGCAGAUUUUGUGAAGCUGCAUUGUGCCUUAUUAGACAUCCUGAAACAUUCUGUGCAACCAUGAUAAACAGAACCCUGCGCUCAAGGUUAAAAUGGGAAACCAAGGCCAGUUUUUACUCAUGUGGUGACUUAUUUGUAAAACUCUCAGACGAGAAGACCCGGUUUUAAGGGUGCGUUCACGGGGACAACUCAGAAUUGCUCGACACCAGGUUCACUCAGCACCGAUGCCCUGGCUGUAGUUUGAAUCGAGAGUUGUGCUGCGAUCUGACUCCAGAAUGAAUUUCUGUGAAAAAGGCAGGCUGUAUCUUAAUUAUGAACUUGGAAGUUACAGCAUCAAGGCUAACGGAAGAACCUGUGGGCUGUUUAUUCUGUGAGCCUUCAAACAGUUCUUGACAAAGGUCUAACUCAUCCAGCCGAAGAGUCUUGAAGGGGUCCUCGGACAUUUGGGAUUAUGUCGCUCAACAAUUUCCACUUCAUUCACAGUAUUAAAAACUCGCCAGCUGUUUUCCGUCGGAGGUUUAAGAAGGACAAAACCAAGAAUCUGUCCCACGGUGACCCACUGUUCAAGGUGCGUUACAUGGGGAUGGAGAAAAUCUACUCACUGCAGGUUGAACAGACCAGGGAGGUAGUCAACCGUCUGGUGGGCAAGGAGUCCUCCAAGGCCUGCAAGGACCACGCCCUGGUGGUGAGGCCGCGCUACCUGGAGGUGAAGGAGAUCUCGAGUGGCCGGCAGAUCACCAAGACCUACCUCCACGACAUUGCCUAUUGCACAGCGGACAGGGGCCACACCAACGUCUUCCUCUACAUCUGCAAGAGCAAAGGGCAGCUCCAGUGUCGCGUGUUCCUGUGCAACAAGGCGGAGAAGGCCAAGGCCAUCACGGUCUGCUUGGCAAAGUCCUUUGAGACGGCGUUCAGUCAAUGGCACGAGAUGUACGGCCACCAAACAUUGCCGGUCUCCUCUUCUGGCACUGAUCCUGGCUCGGAGGAACAGGACAAUCCUCGCAGUCGUGCAGAUGAAGGGAGCUCGUUGGACGAGGAAUCUGAGCUCAGCCGCCCCUUCGAAAGCGAUGAAGAGGCGGAGGUCAGGAUGCACCGGGAGUUUCUGCAGCGGGCGACAUCGUUCCGAGCCCCUCACCGUCUGGACACGGGCUACCAUGACAUGGAGGAUCUGACCAGAGAUUCCUCGGUCCAGGUGCUGGUCGGGGGAGAGCAGGAAGGGGACUGACCGUCAGCUCACCUCCCGCCUGCUUUGAUUCUUUGAUUAAUCUUUAACUAGGGAAGAAAGAAAAUCAAUUGGCAGCACAGACUCCUUAGGGACAGAGGUUGAAAUCUUCAAUAUCACGUGCGAGGUUUUUAUCGAUCAUUUUUAAAAUGGCUUUUAAAUGCAGGAUAAAAGCAACCUUUCCUCGUAAGAAGGUUUUAAUCAAGAUGACUGCUUAACAAUAAAACUCACACACAUGAAAAUGUGAUGUUAACACAUUCAACACUCCAGCAACAAUAUUAAGCAUGUUGUGGGAAGAUGGCUUCUCAUCUCCAACAACUCUUGCUUCAUGAAUUUUAGACUUUAGAUUAAACAUAGGAUUCACUGACUGUGUAGUGCCUCAUCUGGAUGAAUAUAGAAUACAUUCUGUGGAGUUUAGAAGAAUAAGAGGUGAUCUCUUUGAAACGUAGACAAUCCUUAGCGGGCUUGACAGGGUAGAUGCUCAGAGGCUGUUUUCCCCGUCUCUAAAAGAAUCUAGAACGAUCGGGGUGGGUGAGGGGAGGGGAGGGGAGGAGGGGCAGUGGGUGGUGGUGGUCACAGUGUCAGGAUAAGGGGUCAGCCACUCAGGGUGGAGAUGAAGAGAAAUUUCUUCACUCAGAGGGUUGUGAAUCUUUGGAAUUCUGUACCCCAGAGGGCUCAGUUGCUAGGUUUAGAGUGAAAUGGAUAGAUUUUUGGACACUAAGGGGAUCAAGGGGUAUGGGGUUAGGGUGGGAAGAUGAAGUUGAGUUGGAAGAUCAGCCAUGAUCGUAUUGAAUGGCGGAGCAGGCUCGAGGGGCUGAAUGGCCUCCUCCUGCUCCUCUUUCUUUUGUUGUUAAUGACAUAAUCUGAUGCCACAGAGAGAGAGAGAGAGAGAUAGUGGCUCUGAUUGACAAACAUUCCUCUCCCCAGCAGCCUUCUCUGGGACGCUCCUGGACCCUGGCUGGAGUCUUUGCCUGUCUAUAAGGCAAAACUGUCACUCGCUUCUACCAGUGUGUGAAACCCUGUUGGAAAUGGGUUCGCAAAUUACUGAAGGAAAACAAUGUGUUUAUGUUAACCUGCAGCAACUGUCUGUACUUUUUUAUAUGACUCGACUAUCUCUCAGGAGGGGUCUCUGGUCACUGAAAUUAAAUUUUGUUUUAUAUUUCGACACGUCUGUUGGAAGGAGUGUCCCAGAUAGGUUCGCUAACUGCAAACUCCCUAUUUAUCUGCUUUUGGGUGACUGCAGAAUACACACUGAAUGCGGAACAAAUUUGACUGUAAGCGGAUUUUCUUUCAGUAGGACUGUUUUGCGAAGUUCAAAUAUUUCCAAUAAAAACUGAAGCGGA